GAGAAAAUUGGUGAUUAUUACCAAAUUAUGUUUAUAAUUAAAAAAUCAAGUUAACUUAAUUCCAAUCUGAUGAGGCAAGAUUUGGCAACACUGUCGUCAACCUAACCCAACUUUUUUCAGCUCCUUCCAUUUUUUUGUCCUUGUCCUUGUUUUGUUUAUAUUAUUUGUUAUUUAUUUAAAUUUUAUUCUUUUGUGAAUACUAAAGGAAAAAUACUGAAAUCAAAAGCCUGAAGUCGCAUUUCUACUCACAAUGUUAUCAGCAUUGUCAGCACAAUUUCAUUUAUAGUCAAAAAACGACUGCCUGAAGAUGGAAAACGGCAAAGAAAAGCAUCCAGGAUCUACUAAAAUCAAAAUCAUAUCGAACUUUAUAUUGAAUUCAUCACAUACCAAUAAUAAUAGCCAAAAUGUUCAAGACAACACUGAAUUUCCUCCUCCUGAACCUCUUAAUCCAAUGAGGCUUCCAAAUUCAUCAGAAGAACCAGAAAAUUCUUCUGAUACUUUAGAAUAUGAAACUGAUCAACUUAUUGAAUAUGAUAUUGCCUCAGAAAAUGUCAAUCCAAGUAAUGAACUAAUGUCCAACAAAUGUAAACCUACAGAUUCACAAUAUGAAGAAACUGUAGAAUUCAAUUAUCUGACUGGGACAUAUGAACGAGUGAAAAAGUUUAAAGAAUCAUCAACUACAUUGGUCAAAGAAAUUGAAGUAGAAACAACACAACAAAGGUACACUUACAAAUGCUUUGACUGCAACUUUUCUUCAAAUCAUCAUAUCGAUUUAAAAUACCACGCAAAAAAGCAUUUUAAUAGUGUUUUUGUUUGCCCAAACCAUAAAAGCGGCAAAAGCGCAACAGUAGUAGGCUGCUUAAAGUGUAUAUACGCAAAAUGCGUUGAUAAUUUUAAUAGGUCAAGGCUGAAGAACCACAAAAAAAAAACAAAGCCCAUCAAAAUUAUGAAUAAAACCACACCCACACCUGAUCGAAGACACAGAUAUAGAUGUUUUCAUUGCGAAUAUAAAAUUGGUUCAAAAGAAUACUUGAAAUAUCACGCGUUGAAGCUACACCAUGACCAAAAUUUUUCUUGUAAUGAGCAUUCAGACAAAAAUAAGGUAGGAUGCCAAAAAUGUGUUUACCAACAAGUUUUAAUUAACCUCAAAGAAGACUUGCGGAUUUGUGCAAAUUGCAGUUUCAAGACUUGUAAGGAGACUACAUUUAAAAGACAUAUUAAAGAGUGCAGUUCAAAAGUAGCAGUUGACGAAAAAGAUACAGACGACAAUAAUGAUGAGAACUUAAAUGAUAGCGAUGAAGAAUAUAGUCCAUCCAUGGAUAGGCCACUAUCAAGUAGAGUUAAUCACAAAAUAGUGCCCAAUAAAGUUGAUAGUCAAACACCACCCGUAAAUGACAAUACUGAUGUAAUAAUAAUUGAUGAUACUGAUGUUGAUGAAGCAGUGCCUACCAAAAAUAAAACUGAAGCAAAUUUAAAGGAAGAAUCCAAUGUUGAAUAUUCAAAUUACAGAGAUAAUAAUACUGACAUUACUAGUAGUCUUGAAUCAAACAAUUAUGACUUUAUUUGCUAUGAUUGUCCUUUUAAAGCAUACAUGGAGGCAGAUCAUUUAACAACUCACGCUAAAACCCACGAAGAAAGUACUUUUACUUGUUUUGAACAUGCUCAGUUUAUGAUUUUUUGCAAACGCUGUAUUUACCAGUACACUUUAAUGUCUCUUAAAUUGAGAAAAAUAAUUUGCAAAUAUUGCCCUAAAAAAUUUGAAAGUUUAUACUCGGCUUUAAUACACAUGAGAGGCAAUUGUACUGACCAGCGCAAUUUCACUGGCUAUUUAAUGUGCUAUGAUUGCGGAUUUAAACCUAAUUCUCGCCUGGAAUUAUUCAAACAUGCAGCUAUUCAUAAAAGUAGUUAUCAAUGUUUCGAACAUGAACAACCACAACUAAAAACAUGCUCAAAAUGCUUGUACGAAUUUCUGGUUAAGUCUCUAUACAGGUGUUUCAAAUGUGAUUGUUCCAAAAUCAAGUCUGAAUACGAACUACGCUCGCAUAUAGAAGCUAAACACUUACAAAACACUUUUUAUCCUCCAAUAAAAUGCAACAAACAUUCCCAAUCAAGUGAAUGUUGCAGGCAAUGUGUAAUGAAGCAAAUUUGCGACGAUGCUUAUUUGCAAAAAAUCUGUCCUAUUUGUAGCACAAGGUGGACUUUUCUGGGACUCCACAUAAGCUCUGCUCAUCGAAAUGCCAAAUUUAUUUGUCACGCGCACAUAGACAAAAAGGUCUAUGGAAAAUGUGGUGGGUGCUACACUGAAAAAAUUCUAGAAACUCAAGAGAAAACCUGGAAUUGUUGCCAGUGCACUUUUGUUUGUAAUUCUAAAGAGGAACUCGAAUUGCACAUAGUUGUUUGUCAUUGGCUCGAGACUUUUAUGUGCCCUCAGCAUAGUUUAGGUGAUAUCCAAUCAAACUGUGAUAUGUGUGCAUAUGAAACUAUAGCUCUUAAGCUUUCGCAAUAAAGAAUUUACUUGAUUAUUAUGGUUUAUAUAAGAAUUUAUAUACUUACUUUUUUAUGGAAUGUGUCUUAAGUUUAAUAAAUAUAUU